CAUUUUUUGAAGGAAACUAAUUAGCAGGAAUAAAGAGCCAAGUGUUUUUCCCCCCACAGUGAUCAGAACUCAUUCUACCUCUGGAGCUCGCACAAACCCCUCCGUCCCCCAUCUUCUGUUUACUACAGCCUAUAUGUAGCUUUAAUUACACUGUUGUUUGGUAACAACUUGGACCCCGCUGCUCUCUCCCUCUCCCCAUUUUUUCCCUCCUGGCUCCGUAAAAACGCAGAGGAUCAUUCAUAAGGAAUGAGUGGGCUCUCUAUACGGUUGUUUUCUGGACUACUACACAUUCAGCGUACGGAGCUUUGUACCAGAGCUGCUGCAGAAAUGUGGGGUAGUAAUGCGUGGCAGCUGUAGCCUCUGGUAUGGACAGCGGUGAGGGAGGAGGAGGAGGGGAUGGAGGGGGAGGAGAGGAAAGAGAUGCUGACCUCAGUCCCCAGGCUUUAUCUCUUCCUCUCCUGACCCUGGCGGUCAUUCCUGAGCAGGGGUCAUCCUCUCAUACCUCAGCCAUGGCCCCUGCCAAAGAGCCCCCGACCCUGCCUCAGCAGCAGCAGCAGGAGGAGGGCGCAGAGGGGUCCCAGGCUAGAGAAGAGACCCACGGAGGUGAGCAGAAAGAAGGAGGCCGACAUUCACUGGAAAAUGGAGUGUGUCAAAAGCAGGGGAAAAAGGAAGACUUCGGGGAGGGAUAUUUGUCAAGGCAGUGGAAGGAAGAAGGGGAGGUGCACGUAGGUGUGGGAGAGGCGUCAGUUACAGGGGGCCUCCCAGCAGCCCUAAGCAGCAGAGGCGGAGAGGAGGAGAAGGAAGAGGAGGAGGCCAUCUCAAACCAAAGCCAAACCAAAUCCAAAUGUUCUUUAUUACCUCAACAGAGCCAGCACAGCUCUUCUUCCAGCACUGCAAAGGCCAGUGGCAUACUCGACAGCAAAAUAGCCGCUUCUCCAAAGCCCUCCCCCACUCCUUCCAACUCUCCAAAGUCCUCCCCUUUUCUUUCCACCUCUCCAAAGCACUUCAUUUGUCCGUCCUCCUCUUCUGCCCUGCUGAGCGAGACAGAGGUAAAAGACAUUAAGGGAGAUCAGGGCUGGAUUUCUGGGUUUCCUCAGAGCUUUAAAUCCCAGCAGUCUACUCUGGCUUUUCCAGUGGCAGGUACAGAGCUGGCCAGUACACCUGCUGAGGAUGAUGGGCCGGCAGGGGUUCCUCACUCUUCCAUUUCGAAUGGAGAUGGUGCCAAAGCUCCAGAACCAAAUGACAGCCAGCUAGACACAGAGGUGGAUGAUGAGAGAGACAAAGAAGGAGAACAGAAAGAAGCUGUCCUUAAAAACCUCAACCAAGACCUCUCUCCUAAUUCACUGACUAGUCACAUGACCAUAAUGCACUCACGUAAUUCCUGCAAAACGCUGAAAUGCCCCAAGUGUAACUGGCACUAUAAGUCACAGCAUACACUGCAAGUACACAUGAAAGAGAAACAUCCAGAGACCGGAGGCCAGUGUGUGUGUGGCGCCUCUGGGGGAAAGUGUGUUUGUGGUGGUGCAACACGAGAUGUGUGUGGAUACUGCAGUUCGGGAAAACCCCAUCCUCGCUUGGCUCGCGGUGAAACAUACGCCUGUGGCUACAAGCCCUACCGCUGUGAGGUGUGUGACUAUGCUACCUCAUCGAAAGGCAACCUCAGCAUACACAUGCAGUCGGAUAAACACCUUAAUAAUGUUCAAAAUGGGGGACACGCAAAUGGUCACAUGCACACUUCUCACAUUACCAACAGCAGCAGCUCCUCCAAUGGUCACACAGUGGAUGAGCCAACAUACAAGCUUCCACUCUCUAUUCCUACGCCCACCACCCAGCCCACUAAGCUCACACCACCUGCACACUCUCACUCUCAUUGUAAGCGGUGGCGGUGUGAUGUGUGCGACUAUGAGACCAGCAUUGCCCGCAAUCUGCGCAUACACACCACCAGCGAGAAACACACGCAUAACAUGUUACGGCUCCAGAGAGGUUACUAUCUGUCUCACUGCAGGAGUCUGGCCCCGCAGCUUAAACACCUACAAAACACAGGCGCCGAGCUCUCCCUCAACAUGAGAUUGACCAGUCAGCAAGUCACAGAACAGCCAGUCUCCCUGGGGUCUACACUGACUCCUUCUCCCUCCCCUUCUCCCUCUCCCCCUCCAGCCUCAUGUCUGUCCCCCACUUCGCCCCUCUCCCAGGGCGUGUUUCAAUGCCUUGUCUGCUCCUGCUUCUCAUCCGACAGCUUAGAGUCUGUGGAGCAGCACCUGAACACCCCUCGCUCUCUGCCCCAGUCUGAGUGGUGCUCCCUGGUCGCUGGUGGCUGCCACUGCAGGCUGUGUGGAUACACAACCCCACUGAGGGCUAACUUCUCUUUGCACUGCCAGACUGACAGACAUCGCACCCGAUACCAGCUAGCUGCUCACCUACAGGAAGGUGGUGACAGGGGUCAGGAGGGGGCCGCCCUCAUUGCUAAGGGUAACCCUGUUCAGCUGAGGUGCAACCUGUGUGACUACGUGACCAGCAGUUUGGAGAAGCUACGAGGACAUUCCCUCAAUUCCCACCACGAGGCCGGCGUCCGGGUUUACAGAUUCCUGCAGCAGUAUGAUGGUGAGGUUGAUGGAGGUUCGUGGCUGUUCCAUUGUCUCCUAUGCAACCACUCCUCCUCUUCUAAACUCCAAGUACUGAAACACAGUCAAACCCCAACGCAUCAACAGAGGGAAGGGCUACUGCAGCUGCAGCCAAUGGGCGGAGAGGAGCUGGCGGCCAUUUUUACCAUCAGGAAAAGCCCUGGUGGUGACACAGGAGAGCUCAGUGAGGAUAUGGAAACCUCCAUUGAGACCACCACUGGUCCUCUGGACACAACCAAAGACUCAUGUAACUUGGGGGCAAAGCAGAUUUCUGAGGAGACAGGAGAAACCAAGGGGGAGGAAAGAGAAAGUCGAGAGUCCUUUCCCCCAGUUAAACGCCCAUCCUCUGGAUGUGGGGAGAUGGAAAACUCCAUCUCAACCAAACGCCCCAGAAUACACCAGCAAAAUGAGAACCAGCAGACUGUCCAGUGCCCUUUGUGCCAGGUUACGCUCCCAUACAUACAUCUUCAACAGCAUCUUAGACAUGUGCACAGUGUGGCUCAGGACUGUGUAGACAAGCUCAUCAGCACAGUCACACUUUCCAUGGAGCAACCGCAGCUUCCACCACAGAUGGACCCACAGACAGAGUUGCACACAGAUGAUACUCAGAAAAACAAAAACACCAAGAAUAACAAUGCAAAUUGUUGCCAUACUGCUGAUUCUGUUGCCCCUGCUGAUUCACAGAAAAACAAAGGCAUUUCAGUGGACAACACUGAAGGAGAUGUAGCCGCACCCAAAGAUGUCACAGCUCUACUCACCCCACCCCUAGAAGAGAACACCACUCACCCUUCCAAUGGCAGACUGGCUCCUCAGUCCCCGACUCAGAUCCCCCACUCUUCCCCGCCCACCUCCCCACCCAGCGAUCCCCCUCCCCUUUCUGAUCGCCAUGGUUACCGGUUCCGUUGCAGCAGGUGCAGCCUGGCGUUCCCCACUCAGGAGAAGCUCCAGCUGCACUGGCAGUACCAUGCCAUGAGGGCGGCGACAGAGUGCCCCCUCUGUUCUAGGCAAUGUCGCAGUCAGGAGGCCCUGCAGAGACACAUGCAAAACACACACUCACAGCUGGACAACAUACAGGGGCAGAACACACUAUUACCGCCCCAUACUGCACAAUACAUGGAGCAUAAUAAGAGUUCAGUUCAACAGGAUUUUAGUUUGUCACCUCAAGUGGGUCAAGAAGCAGGAGAGGGUGAGGAUGAAGAGAUAGAGGAAGAAGCAAUAGGCAUGGAGGGAAUGGAGGAGCAAAAAGAAGAAGUACAAUUUAAAGAGAAGGACAUUGUUGGUGAAGUUGAUAGAGAUGAAGAGGAUUUAACUGAGCUAGAGAAAGGGUCACAUGAAGAGAUCAUAUCAGAGCCUAGUUCCAGCUCUAUUGUCAAAAAGACCUCUAACCCCACAAUGGACCGCUAUCUUGAUCCAACCAGGCCCUAUAAGUGCACCAUAUGCUCAGAAUCUUUUACUCAGAAAACCAUUCUUCUGGUCCACUAUAACUCUGUGUCUCAUCUCCACCGAGCGAGAAGAGCCCUGCAGGACUCCGGCACAGGCGUUGCUGCACCUGAGGCUCCCCGUGGCCCAGAUCCUAGGCCAUACCGCUGCCGAUUGUGUGGAGUGGGCUAUAGCCAGAGCUCCACACUGGACAUACAUCUUCGCUCUGUGCUUCAUCAGACUAGAGCUCGUGCUGCCCAGAACACAGCUCCACAGACCUCAGCAUGUAGUGUAGCUGCUCCUGUGUCAGUCCCCACUACUGCCACUCCGACUGCUACCACCAGAGAAGAAACAUCCAAGAGUUUCCCUUUCACCAAGAGGUCCGAUGUGGUGAAUUCUUCAACCUCCUCGCUUUUGGGCUUAGCAGCUGAGGCCCAGCCAACCCUCUCUAACCUAACUGACAGCCAGCAGACUAAAAAGAGAGUGGCAGAUCUUCUCGCAUCAAGAAACCAGCUAAUGCUAAUACAACAGCAGCAGUUAGCCCAGGCUCAGGCACAGGCCCAAGCUCAGUUACAGCAACACACAGCUCUGCUCCAGUCCCAGUUGAUCCAGCAUCUUCCUUUAGGGCCAGAGAGUCUCCUUAAACAGCAAUUCCCCUUGACACCAGAAAACCUGCUCUCUCUGCAGCAGCAACUUCUUCUGCCUUUUUACCUGUCAGGGGACGUGAAGCUCAACCCAGAGUUAGCAGUUAAGAGCUCAGAACUUAGUCAGUUAGUAUCUGCAAACUCCACCCCAAAAGAACAAGUUAAGGCAGAAGCUAAAAGGGAGUCUCAGCCCCAAAUAGAUGAGAAACAAAACAACAAAACAAAACAACAGAGGGAAAAUUCAAACUCAGCUGCUGUCCAGCCAAAGGAUCCGGUGCAGUGUGAAGCCAAGGUUGAAGCAGGCUGCAGUGGAUCCUCCAUCAGUCAGACAGAAAGAGAUCACAGCCAUUCUAGUCUUGAGGAAGAAAAAGAAGAAAUGCUUGUUCCUACUAUUAAAAAUGACAGUCAGAAGGAGGAAACAGGUUCCUCAUCAUUUAACCUAAUUGGAUUUCAGUGUCCUCCUCCCAGAGUGCCCUAUGCUGCUGUGAAUGGGGAGCCUCUUAGAGCCUUGUUACAAAGUUAUGGCUAUGAGUUGGCACUGCAGUAUAUACAAAGUAGACACAGACAUCAGCAACAGAUAUCAACUCAUAUGAUGCCAGAUAAACAAGAGGGCUCUGACAUCAACAAGAUGGAGAUGUGCUCAGAUGAAGAAAGAGAUGAGUUUAAUGAAUUACAGGAUGGAAAGAUGGAAGGCUAUAAAGACAACAACAAAGGAACAGACAGCAAUGGAGAGACAGAAGAGAAGAUGCAGAACAAAGAUGAGCAGUUAGCAAACAAAGAGAAAAAAUGCUGUGGAAAAGGAGAAAAAUGUAGGGACUGCGGAAAGUUUUUUUCAGAUGCGCUGAUUUUAAAAAGCCACAAGGAGUACAUUCACAGGAUCCUGUUUCCCACUGCUGCGCUUGAGAGGUUUUCCAGAGAAUACAGGCUGCAGUAUGACCAGAUGUACCCCCUCACACAGCCUAAAUCCGGGGACACUUCUAAUGCUUGUCCCCAAGCUGCAGCCCCAGCCCCAUCCUCAGAAACAGAACUACCACUGGAAACAGUUAAGCCUCAAGUUAAAACCCUUGCAACUUCAUCUAUAUCUUCAGUUUUAGACCCCAUAACCAAAACAUGCAGUCCAGCUACAGACCUAACACCAAAUGCUCCUGCACCUCCUCCUCCUUCCCAACCUCAAGAUAUUUUACAACAAGAGGAACCCAUCCCAAGCACAUCUGCCACAGUUCCUUCUCAAGCCACAUCCCCAGCUAAGUCCAUACCUCUUCCCUUACCUAAAAUACCUAUGCUUCCUCUCCCUUUGCCCCAGCUUCCUUUGCCCCCAUUGACUUUACCCAAGCUUCCCCUACCCCCCCUUCCUUUUCCCAUGGAGCUACCUCUCCUCCCUCCAGUUGUGAUGCAGUCUGUGGCUCUCCAGCCCCAACCUUGGUUAGACUCAAGUGUGAACCCUGAACUGGCAAAACUCUAUCAAUCUCAACUCAACCCAGCACUGCUAGGAAAACAGCCACAGCUUAGUCCUGCUUUGCUAGCCCAGCAAUCCCAGCUCAGCCCAGCUUUGCAAGGCCAGCCUUCACAGCUCAAUCAUGCGCUGCUGGCUCAACCAUCUCAAGCCAGCCCUAUCCAAACAGGACAACAACCCCAAGUCAACCCAACAAUACUUGAACAACAGCUUAAGAGAACCCGAACACGAAUUUCUGAGGAACAACUGGCUAUUCUGAGGAAACACUUUGAUAUUAACUGCCUCCCCAGUGACGAAGAGAUUAACAAGAUGUCUGGUCUGUCUGGUCUGCCACACAAAGUUAUCAAACACUGGUUCCGCAAUACCCUGUUUAAAGAGCGCCAGCGAGACAAGGAUUCCCCUUACAAUUUUAAUAAUCCCCCAAUCAUAUCACUGGAGGAGUCCAGUGAGGAAGUCGAACAAAACCAGCCUCAGACACUUUCCUCUUGUUCACUGUCCCCAGGCCUUUCAACCAAAACCUCCCUCCAGACAACAGACCUCGAGAGAGGAGAGCCUCAUAGGGGCCGACGCUCUUCCCGAACACGCUUCACAGAGCAGCAGCUUGAGACCCUGCAGGGUGUGUUUGAGGCCACUCCCUACCCCAGAGAGGAAGAAUAUGACAGGUUAUCUGCUCUACUGUCUCUCCCUAACAGAGUAAUUGUGGUAUGGUUCCAAAAUGCUAGACAGAGAGCCCGCAAAAAUCAAGACCGAGGAAUAGAAGAUGGAUUAGAAGAAAAGAACCAGCUUGACAACAUUCACACACAGAGAAACGGCUGCUAUAAAAAUAGUGAUGAUAAUGGGGAUAACUGCUAUGGGGAUGAAGGACAGGCUGAAUCUCAGAAUGAAAACUCCAUGGAUCUGACUUAUGAGUAUUACACCAACCCUGACUCGCCUGUCCUUGAUUCUUCCUCUCACUGCACAGACACUGAGAAUCCAACAGCCAAAGGUGAACCAACAUCUGUUACCAGGACACAGGAAGAUCAAAAAAUCUCUCCUGUGGCUAGCAAGAGCCCAGCCCUUGCUCAAACUCAGAAGGAAAUUUCAAAUGCAGACAUCCAGCAUCAGGAAAUUGUUCAAGCAGUGAAACAAGGAUUGUCUCCACAACCUGAGCCCAAACUGCAGCCAGAAAGUACUUCAGAAAGAACACAGCCUUCCUCUUCCUCAUCUUCACAAAAAACAAAACCCCCCACCCUGCCCAUGGCUCAUUCUAGUCAUGGCCGUACAUAUAGCUCUCCUUCUGAUAAAGCUGUUGAAAGACCUGCUGAUACAUCACCCAACCUUCUUGCUGGUCCAGACACAGAAACAGGCCACACUCUGCUGCCUGAUGCCACCCAAGGCCUAUCCAGUGAAGUCCAGUCAAAAAACCAGCUCCAACCCCAAACCCAGUCUCAGUUCCAGUGCAGUCUAUGUCCAAUGUCCUUGCCUUCAUUCCAGCUGUGGCAGGAGCAUCAGACCAGACAUGUCCUGGCAGCUCAGACCCAGGUCCAGUUUCUCCACUCUGGCUUCACAGACCGAACCAUGCCUUAUAUGAUGCUCCAUCCCAACCACACCCUGAUGGCCAGCCAAAUGCUUUCAGGCGCCAUGUCCCAGAUACACACUACUCCCACACAUCCCAUGAUUUCACAUUUAAACAGCAUACAAAUUAAGAACACACUCUCUGACCACUCAAGUAAUGCCCUCACCAGCCUCUCUCAAAGUUCCUUGACACCAAUGAAGCAGAAUUCAAAGCUUAUGUCAGAGACCAGUUUUGAGAUUCAAAGGGGCAGUAGAGAGGUUGAAGAGGAGCACAGAAGGGAUAAGCGUCAGAGAACCACAAUUACCCCAGAACAACUUGAAGUGUUGUAUCAGCGUUACAGCUUGGAUUCUAACCCCACCAGAGGAGUCCUGGAAAGCAUCGCACGUGAUGUAGGCCUCACAAGACGUGUGGUUCAGGUCUGGUUUCAGAAUACACGAGCCAGAGAGAGAAAAGGACAGUUUCGCUCAAUGGGUCCAGGAUCCAGUUUCAGCUUGGGUUUCAACCACCUGCGCUGCCCAUUCUGCAGGGCGCUCUUCAAGGUUAAAAGUGCUCUUGAUGCCCAUGUGAGGUCACGCCACUGGGCGGAGGCUGAAAGAGCAGGCUUUAACUUAUCCAUGAGCAGUGGUUCCGGUGCGCAGACUGGCAUGGCUAUGCCAUCUGCCAUGGACAGGCCAGGCCCAUCUAUCUCCUCCAACCCCAUCCCAAAACAAGGCUAUGUCAACAGCAACAAAGAGGCAACUGUGAAGGCACCUGUGGCCACUUUGUCUUCAGCCACAGAUCUGAACAACCCAGAGGAGGAUGAUGACUAUGACGAGGAUGAUGAGGAAUACCCAUAUGAGGAGUGCCGCAGUAUGGCUGACCAAGCUUCUCCUAGUCCUGAGGGAUCUGGGGGUCCAAGCUCAGAUUGGGGUGAGACACAGACUCUGCAGCAGCACCACCAUCAUCAUCAACAGCGCCAAAGGACACAGAUGAGCCACUUCCAGGUACUCCAGCUGAGAGACUUCUACAGGAGCCACCGUACCCCCAACCGUCAUGAGUGUGAGGCACUGGGCCAGGAGUUGGGACUGCCUCACCGCGUGGUACAGGUGUGGUUCCAGAAUGCCAGAGCCAAGGAGAAGAGGGCCAGGAGUCUGAGCUCUGACUCUGCAGAGAGGGAGCAGGCAGAGCUGUCCGCAGGGGCAGGGGAGAGAGACAGAGCUUAAAGAGGCAGACUACAGUUCCUUUGCGUCCUAAUACAACAUUCUCCCCAAAACCUCUCCUGCACUGCAGUCAACCUCUAAAAAUAUAACCUGUCCACUUUGCUGCCAAACCUGUAACCUGAACACCCCAAAGAUUCAGAGCCACAGUGGCCCAAAGACAAACUCUCUCAACUGAAAAAUGGAAAGAGCCCAAACCAAGUCCUCUUUACCACAGCUUUCCUCUUUUCUUAUUGUUUUUAAACUCUCUUUCCUGGUCUAAACUUUCAUGUUGAAAAGAGCUCCUCUCCCUGUUCUGUCAGACACCUUACUACAACCAAACACCACCUUGAUAAAAACCAACCAGAUGCCACAGAGGCCAAAGAGCAUUCUCCAAGUAUGUGACCUCACUGCCCAGCUAGACCUGCAGUCUACCUCUCAGUCUGCAUGACAGACUCACAAUGGGCCCUCCACCAGACAGUGCUAGAUGACUAGCUGUGUAGCAUGUAGUGCCAGUCUGCAAGAGGCUGGAGAACAAAUUGUCAAAGAGAUUUUAGUGUAAAUAGAGAGCUCCAAGAGAUAAACUUGAAGAAAAACAAAGCAGUUAACUGUGGAAGAAGAUUAUGAAAAAAAAAACAUAAAAAUAUCGUUGAAAUAGACUGAGGUAUUCGCAUAGAGCUUUUGUAAAGACUGACUCAGAAUUCCAAAGCUCGUAACCAAAAUUUUACAUGUCUGUGGAUUUAGUUUCAACACGUUUGUUUUCAGUGACAAACUGCAGAGCUGACGUCUGUACGGUAAAAGGGUGAUAUCUGCAACCGGCAUAGGUAAGCCGAGUACCAAUAGACUGAUAUGGUGCAGCUUCACCCUCCACAAGCCAAUGAUGAGUCUUCUGUUGUACAUGUACUCCUUCUGUGUUCCUUUAGAGGAUAACAGCGCAAAUAGCACAGAGCGAAAAGGUCAGUUUGUCCUGUCAGGGCAAACUAUUUUUUAUAGCACUCAACCAUUAUACUGUAUAUGAAAACUUUAACCAAACUCAAAUUUACAUUGUGUGUGUUUAGUAAUAGUUUCUUAAUAUAAAUCUUAUGGAUUGAGAUAAACUGUCUUGCUUCGAUAUAAUAGUGUCAUGAUUAUGAAAAGAUUAUGACAGCUUUGAUAUGUUCAGGCGAGGUGACUUACUGCCUUUCCGUUCUAAUUGAAUAUACCAAUGGCUGACCAAUGUUAUGUGAUAAUUGUAAAGCUUUCUAUGCUCAGGUCAACAGCUCAACAUGGCUCCACUUCAAAUGUGAUCUUAAUACUGUACUUUUCUGUUUAUAAAACAGAAAAGGCAUGGUUCAACCUUGGACUGAGUAUUAAAAAAUAUCUACAAACCAUCUCUGUAUUUCAAAGAUCUGAGCUUUUCACCUGUGAGUAAUAGAUUGUUACAAAAACCUUAUUGAAACUAAAGUGUUUAAUAGUGUGAGGGGUAAAUGUACAGUAUUUAGCUUUUGUAUGGUUGACUCAAGACUUCAUUGGAUGAUUGAGACACAGCUCCCUUUUCCACUUACAGAUAGGGAGCUACUGCGCAAAGCUGAGAAGAACUUUGGAUGUUAUUGAUGUUAUUUUUGUACACUUAAUUUAUUUUUCUUCUUUCUUUCUCCCCACCUACUUUCCUGUUUAGCUCUCUACCUAUAUUCCCGUGUUCAUUUGCAACCAGUCCUUAUUCUAACUGUAAUAAUGAUAAUAUAACAAUAAUAACUAAACAAUAAUUAAUGCUUUAAGACAAAAAUCCAAAGACGUGAUAAUACUUUAACCGUAUGACCUACAAAAAUAAGCGCUACUGUUUACUUGACGAUGUAUUACUGUUUUUAAAGAAGGAAGGAGUCCCUAUAUCUAAGCUACUGUUUUCUGCCUCUCAUAAGCACACUGGAGACUGUAACCAAAACCCCAAACUAGAGCCAUGGCAGUCUGUAAUAUAGCGGUUAAAGAGUUUUACUUCUCUUAAGAAAUGUUGCAGUUUAUUUUUCUUUUUUUCUACCAUAGUGUUGAACUCCAGCCCUUAAGGAUGUCCAGUUUGCUGCUAAUGUACUGUAGUUUCUAACGAUACUGUAGAAAGAUGCAUGCUCUGAUCGCUUUACCACUAGGCUUUAAUGACUACAAGCUGUAAUGAUACCUGUGAUGCUGUUGAUAGACUGCUCCUCUCUUAUUCUAUUGAAAACAAAAUGGAUAUGUGGGGCUCAAUUCCAUCAGGUUUGUUUGUCAGUAUCCUAUUAAUUACCCCUACUCAGAAGAUUAAAAUAGCUUUCAUAAUACCAGAAAUAUUUUUUCAAGCUUCCAGUUUCAAAGAAACCUACCUGGGGCAUUAACCUCUCACAUGGAGAUACUGCAUAGCUAUUUGAAGGAGUUCAGCCCCAGACCUUCCACUGGUAUGUUGUCAGUCUUUCUGUGCUGCAAUGUCUGUAGUCCAUUUGUCCAGCCAAAACAGCUUUGCUGAAUUCAGACUGAUAUCACAGCCAAUUUUCCAAAGGAUGUGGACUGACUAACUCUGUCAUGUUUUGUUCUUAAACUAACCAAUGUUUACGACAAUACCAAUGAGCUUUCUUCUGUACAGAAAUGUGCAUUCCAAAUACCACAAAGGCAGUUUUUGUAUACUGAUUAUGUUAAAUUUUGUUUCUCUCGUAUUCUCUUGAUCUUAGUGACUGUAAGAUGUACAUAUUGGGGUCCUCUAUGGUGAAGGGACUCUUAUCCUUACUGUAGGUAAAACUAUUCAUUUCUUUUUUUUUCUGGAUAUGUUGUUGCCAUAGUGAUGACCAAAAAGAUACCUGUGAUGUGCACCUGUCCUUAUGUCCUGCUCCAGUGGUUUAGUGUGUCUCUAUACUCUCCCUCCCCUUCUUCCCUACUGGUGUGUGUUUCUCUUCCUUUCCCUUCCCAUACUCCACUGAGCUAAAUAAAGUCUGCUUU